AGUUGGGUGAGACGAGUCCUGCCCUUCGUGUCCUGAGCUGGAGAGCAUGUCUUCUACUGACUCGGACGUGAUCAUCGUCAUCAAUGUAUAAUUCAAAUCACCUUCAUUGCUGGCGAGAGACCAGAGGGGCUGAGCUGUGUGCUGCGACGUGCUCAGCUCUGUGUGAUUUCCCCAGUGUGUGUUCUCCUUGCAGUACCUCUCAAAGAUCCUCAGAGUAAUGUGAUGCGUUACCAAUCCCCGUUUCCUUGCAUCCUCUUCGUCCUUGCAGAUGCUUUGACCAGCCCCGCCAUGGAGAGCUGCAGCAGCAACGCUUCCACUAAAGACUUUUUCCUGGUGGGUUUCCCAGCUCUCCAGGAUUUCCAGACCCCCCUUUUCUUUGUCUUCUUGCUGUUCUACCUGCUGAUCCUGGUCGGCAAUGCCAUAAUCAUCACCGUGGUGGUGGUCGACCGCACACUCCACAAACCCAUGUACUUUUUCCUGGUCAACCUCUCCGUGCUCGACGUGCUCUUCACAACCACCACCAUUCCCAAGAUGCUGGCCAUGUUCCUGGCCAACGCUAAAACCAUCUCGUUUCGGGGCUGCUUUCUGCAGAUGUACAGCUUCCAUGGGCUGACGGUAACGGAGGCGCUGAUCCUGGUCGUUAUGGCUUACGACCGCUACGAAGCCAUCUGCAACCCGCUGCGCUACGCGGCCAGGAUGACGAGGAGAGCAAACGCAGCGCUGGCGGCGGGCGCCUGGAUAACCGCGCUGCUGAUACCCGUGCCCGUCAUCGUGCAGACCUCUCAGCUGGCCUUCAGGGAGGCAGCCAGGGUUCGACACUGCUUCUGUGACCACCUGGCAGUCGUUCAAGCAGCGUGCUCCGACUUCAGGGCCGAUUUCCAGAAUUUCUUGGGGUUCUCCAUCGCUAUGACGGUGUCGGUCGUCCCUCUGUUGCUCGUCACCCUCUCCUACGUCCAUAUCAUCCUCUCUGUACUAAAGAUCAGCUCCAAAGGAGGACGGGCAAAGGCUUUUUCAACGUGCACUUCCCACCUGCUCGUGGUGGGCACUUACUACUCCUCCAUCGCUGUGGCAUACGUCUCCUACAGGGCAGACAUCCCCGUUGACGUCCAUGUCAUGAGCAACGUUGUCUUCUGCAUUUUGACCCCCUUGCUAAACCCCAUCAUCUACACCUUGCGGAACAAGGAAGUAAAAUCUGCGGUUAGAAAGCGUAUCUUUCCGAAAACGUCUUCCCUGUCUAAAAAAAAUUAA